AUGUCGCAGCCGCCAUUGACAAUACCGAUGAGAACAUCAAGUGCCCAUGCUCAGACUAGCCACCCGCGAAUGGGCAACCGCAGUCAAGAGGACCUGAGGAGAUGCGAGAAACAAUCGAAAGCUCACAAGAUCUUGGGGACCACUCAAAUACCUCUUCAAAACGGUCAGAGCAACCGAGGUGGACGAACUAGUUUCAUGGGAACCCCCGAUAUAAAAUCGACGAAAAGCAGCACUUUUGUUCCUUUUCCAACAGCAAAUUCGGAAACAAGUAGUGUACCAUCCCAGCACCUCCGCGUCAGAGCGUCAUCUCCACUUCUGGGACAUGACUAUCAGUCUCAGCAGGCUGAACCUCGGCCAAGGUCUUCCAAAAAGAUUCAUCAGUUUGGCUCGUCCUCGGCUCUAUUCUCAUAUUUCAGCAUGAAAGGACCUGCGGUUGAGCAGGAUCUGCUGAACACAGGCUCCAGAGGUAGGCCGGAAGAAGAAGGCACUAUCCCUAGCCAGAGACACAAUCCAGGUCAAUCGAGAUUGAAUCUAAAGCCAAUAAAAGGCCCGUCAAAGGAGUCAAAGCGCAAAAUGCGUCCGCCACGAAUUGAUCUUUCCCUGCUGUUUCCUAAACCACGCGAGACGGCGGCACCUCUUUUGUCCCCGCAGCGCAUGAUGAGCUCGCCCUCUCCGAUCUCAGCGACUUCUGAAUACGCUUCUGCCGAACCGAAGAGAGCGGAUCCUUCCACCGCUGGGAAGAGACUUACAAAAACACCACCUUCACAACAUCCUGCCCAUCACUUGAAUACACUUCCGGAGACUAACCGCACAAACGAAGUCGCCCCGUCUCGUGAGACAAAAAAUCUGGAUUACCUGGACACAUCCUUCGAACGGACCGUGCGAACCAGCGAGUUCGACCUAGCUAUCGAUAGGUAUUAUGACGUCAAGAGCUUGAAAUCAACCACAUCAGCACAGUCUGGACCUUCGGCCGUGCAACCACAAAGCCGAGCACACGUGCGGACGUAUGACCUCAAAUCUGCAGAGGAUGCAUUACGAAAGAUGUCGUUAGCUGGGUCCGUUGGAGGCUGGAGCAACGAUACAUAUCUGUCCCCAAAGACUUGCGCUCAACCAAAGUCCAAGCGAAUUCCGAAUUCGCCGAAUUCGGGCAAGAUCGACUUCCGUCGAGGCUCAAAUAGUGACAAAGGUCUGAUGUCGAAGAAAAGCAGCAAGAGCACUCUGAAGAACGUGGACCUGAACAAUUCAAGCGUGCUGUGUCUAUCUUCAUCGGAAGAUGAAAUUGACGAAGACAGGCUAGCAAGCAAUCACCGAAGCGAAAAGGGCAACCACGGAGCAAGAGAUAGUGUCGUCACGUUUGGAGAAUCGGACGCGGAGAUUUGCACGGCUGCGGCAGCGCAAGCCACACGAGGUCCAGCGCUGCGGCGAGUGGAUAAAUCGACCUCUGCCAAACACCGUAGCUCCCAAGCUCUCCAGAAGAAGUCUUCUCAUCGCCGGAAUCCUUCGCAAUCUUCCGCCGGCAUAUCAUCCUCAGCGACCAGGGAAAGCCGAUCCCGUCGAUCAAGUGGUAUACCGACGAUCUCCGAGCCUGAUAAUGACCACAUCUUCGCUCAACUCCGAAAUGCUCCUGUCUCCCGAAAGGAACGGGAUAGGAGAAGUAGGGUGAUGGCCGUGACCCGGCAGGAAGAACACCUUCUCGAGGCGAUGAGACAGCGGCAAGGCAAAAUUACGCCCAGCAUAUUCCGGGAGGUACAAUAUGGCGGGGGCCAUGAACCGGACCGGGGAUCAAUGCUUUCCGUCCCCUCCCGCGACUCUUUUUAUGGCUCAGAUACAUCAUUUCUGCGUUUAAGUCCUCAAAUACCACCGUAUUUAUCACGGACAAAUCAAGGUGCACUUUACCAUGACAAGGACGGUGCUAUUUCGCAGGGUGCGGCUUCUGAUGCUGAACAGAAAACCAUCAACUCAAGCCGUCUCAGCCUGGCAUAUUCUGAGAGCCUUCCGUCACCCGUCACCAGUGGCGCGUCUCCCUUGACGCCGACGCUACCUAUACACCGGUUUCCCUCCCUUCCGUCCCCAAAGCCGCCUCCGCGCCGUCCUCCUCCGGUGCCUCAGCCGCAGAAGCGACAUUCGCGCCGACGUACAGACAGCAGCGAGGCGAUUGUUCUGGACGGUGGUGAAGAGCCGCCAGAGGGCGAGGAGUUUCCAGCCUGGGCGCUGGGAUGGAAGUAUGAUGGAGGCAGUUUGACAGCUGUGCAUUAG